AUGUCUCAUCGGUUGCUAAAGCGUCUCAGUCUGUAUCACCUGGUGAUGCAGACGCUCGUCACGAAGACACUCAUAUCUUCCCAGAGUAUGAGCUGUGAUGUCUCAUACUCUCCUGAUACGGAAGAGGGAUCUGUAUCGAAGGCGGUUGAAACCAAGCCGUCUGCCAAGCGUGGCACGGAUGAUGCUAUGCGUUGUAGCAUCUUCAAAUCAUCUGACGAAUCAGGUGAAACAUCGCCAAAGCGAAGGCGCUCGAGAUCGCAGGACUCGGGCGCUCACGGUGAUGUCGGUCCUCUUAUUGACACCACUUUGCAGCGAGGUACCAGCACUUCUGUCGGCACGUCGCAAGAAGAGCGAGACCGCAACGUGUUGCGUCUCGCUCCCGAAAAGAAGGCAUAG